UCUGCUGUUCAGGCGCUUUGUCCGGCUGAGCAAGGGCUUGGGCUGCGGGCGGGCUGAGGGCGGGGCAAGGGGGCGCGCGCGGGAGCGGCGGCGAGCUGCGAUUGGGCGGCUGCGGGCGGCACGUGCUGCCGCGAGGCCGCGUCCGGUCGCCGCGGUGCCGCCGGAGCCGUUGCCGCCGUUGCCGUCGGGGCGAGCGGUCGGUGCGAGAGAGAGAGAGCGGGAGUGCGGGGCUGGCGGAGCCGGCAGCAGCCCUGCCUGCGGACGCGGACACGGCGCCAUGUGCGGGAUCAGCUGCGGGCCCUGCUGCGGACGGGCUCGGAGCUUCCCCUUUCGGAACCUGUGUGUUUGGAGAUGUUGGAGAAGACCAAGGAGGAGGACACCCAGGAGGAAGAGACAUGAGGAAGAUGUGGAGUCUCUGCACAGCCUUGAGGAGACUGUGCCCAAGGCAACCAAGGAAGAUGUGGAGACUCCAGAGCGCGUUGAGGAGACUCCAGAGCACAUUGAGCAGACUGUAAGCAAGACAAGAGAGGAAGAUGCUGAGGCUCCAGAGCACGUUGAUGAGACUACAAGUGACAUAAGAGAGGAAGACGCAGAGACUCAAGAGCGCAUUGAGAACACUCCAAGCAAGAUAACAGAGGAGGAGAUGGAGACUCCAGAGUGCAUUGAAAACAGCCUAAGCAAUAUAACAGAGGAAGACACCGAGACUGCAGAGUGCGUAGAGGAGACUCCAGGCAAGCCAGAUGAAGAAGACAUGGAGACUCCACAGAGCCUGGAAGAGAAUGUGAGGAACCAGCCUGGUGAAGAUGUGGAGGUUCCACAGAGCAUUCAAGAGAGCACAACUGAGGAUGGAGCUGAAGACGCACAAGAAGGAGCUGUUGACUGUGACACCCUGAGAAGAGCGCAGAUCCAGCAGACUGAGGGUGAAGGAGCAAGAUGGCUCGGGGCUGAAGGAGACCAGUUACCUGCAGAACACGCUGUCAGCCCGGACGAGACGUGCAAAAGCAGGGCCCUGAAAGCUGCAACUUUGGAAAAGCUGGUGGAGACGCUUCCAAUGGCGUUUGCGGAUAAUGACUUUACAUACAUCAACACCUUCCUCUCAACGUACAGGGCCUUUGCUUCCACCAGCACAGUCCUGGAGCUGCUCCUGGACAGAUACGGAAACCUGGAGAUCUCGGGCUCUGAAGAGCGUGGAAGCCAGAAUUCCCCCGGAUCCAGCACAGUGCUCAGGACUGCGAUCGCAUCGAUUUUACAAGCCUGGCUCGACCAAUGUGCCGAGGAUUUCCAAGAGCCGCCCGACCACGUGUGUCUGCUGAAGGUGCUGAGUUAUCUGAAGAAGAACAUGCCCGGCUCUGACCCGGAGAAGAGGGUGCAGAACCUCCUCGAGCAGUUCCAGAAAGAAGAACUGGAGAAUGAUGACGCGUUCCACAGCCUUUCUCCCUGCAACCUGGAUGAGGAAGAUGAACUGGAGAUCAGCGGUGCACAAGAAUUCUCAUUGUUCCAAGAAGAGCUGGUGGCAGAACAGCUGACGUACAUGGACGCGACACUCUUCAAGAACGUUGUGCCCCACCACUGCCUGGGCUGCAUCUGGUCCCGCAGGGACAAGCAAGAGAACAAACACCUGGCACAGAGCAUCAGAGCCACCAUCUCGCAGUUCAACGCCGUCACCAACUGCGUGGUCAGCACCGUCCUGGACAGCAGAGAAUUAAAGACACGGCAACGAGCGAAGACCUUGGAGAAGUGGAUCCGUAUCGCACGUCAAUGUAGGAUCCUGAACAACUUUUCGUCUUUGAAGGCCAUUGUUUCCGCACUGCAGUCCACCUCCGUUUAUCGCCUGAAGAAGACCUGGGCCUGCGUUCCAAAGGACACAAUGCUGAUGUUCGAAGAGCUCUCAGAAAUCUUCUCCGACUGUGACAACUUUGCGACGAGCAGGGAGCUGCUGCUGAAGGGAGUCACCCAAGGCACGGUACCUUACCUGGGUACCUUCCUCACAGACCUCGUCAUGCUGGACACAGCCCUUCAGGACUAUCUCGAGGGCGGCCUGAUCAACUUUGAGAAGCGGCGAAGGGUGAGUGGAACGUUGACUGUUCUGUGGUCGUUAGUUGCUGACGCUCUCUGCUAGAGCGUUCUCUUGGCGAGGCCUGUUGUCUUUGCUCGGGCGUAUCCAACAGCCGCUCACGUUACUGCAGAUGGUGAGUGUGAGUGUGAGCGCACGACGUGCAGAGCCGGGGAGGAUCAGGCUCUGCUGUCAUCACAGGCACCUCUAGUUAUGUCCCUCGCUUAGUGCCUGAGAACCAGCUCCGUACAGAGCGGGAUUCCUCUCUCGGCGCCGCUCUGGCCACGCAGGGCUGAGCGGGAAGGCUGAGCUGCAGAGCUGCAUUGUUGGAAACAGUGGUUCUGGACAUGGUCACUUCUUCAACUGAAACCGACCUGCGGGUCAAACUCAGUCUGUCCUGGAUCUGUUGCUGCGUGUGGGUAGGAUAUUAACGAGACCGGCUUUAUUUUUCUAAUUGGAAUUCCUAUUUUAUUAUUUGUUUUCUUAGGAAUUUGAAGUAAUCGCACAAAUUAAGCUCUUGCAGUCCUCAUGUAACAGCUAUUGCAUGUCAGCAGAUGAGAAAUUCGUGCAGUGGUUUAGGAGGCAGCGGCAUUUAAGUGAUGAGGAGAGGUAGGGUCUCAGCCCAGCUGGCGAAGCAGCUUUUCUUGCCCCGCAGGCAGGUUCAGGUUCUCUCAGCCUUGAGCUCUGCGCUGCCAGGAGCUGCUCCCGGAGAGUGGAAAUACACCCGCACAGAGCUGCGCUCCUCCUUGUGGGGAUGCCACCCUCUGGGGCGUGGGAAUGGCCCAGGGCUUCUCAAAUAUGGCCACUCUGAGAUAUUUAACUGAUGGUGUUGCCUGUUCUGCAGUUUCCGGCUUUCACGCGAAAUUGAAGGAGCUGCUGACAAGAGUGUCGCAUCGGCCAAAGCUCAGAAGAGCGUGGUGAAGAGAUUCAGCCUGCCGUUCCUGGGCUUGGGGGUGAGCGCCCACAGCACAGCCGUCAACGCGCAGCCCAAACCUGCUCCAGGUGGGAGCUCUGGGGACAGCACCGUCACCAUCGUCCCUCCCACCGACACUGCCGAGGAGCCUCAGCACAAGGUAGGGCCUGGGCCCUGUGUUCAGCACAGACAGCCUGUGCGAGGCUGCUGACGCUGCCGGCGGCCCCAGGCGCUUGCCCAAGCCUGUGGGUCUUGACUAGAGCGUUGCUUGCGGUGGAAUGGAGGGCCCUGAGCUCUGGGAAAGGCAGUUGUGGGGGGAAAGCUCAUCUGCAUCAGCCCAGCCUAAUGCUGGGGCAGGCAGAGCACUGAGCAAGUGAGAAGCAGCUGAGGUCAGAGCUCGCCAGCCCUGGGCUUUGACCUGCC